AUGAAACGAAAGGGUUUCAGAUUUAUUAGGGGUUUAGUACGUUUGCGGCGAGGGUUUGAGGAGUCCUGGGGUUUUACAUUUGGAGAGUUUUGUGGUUACCAGCAAAGGCACGUGGCACUGCACCUCCACCCCAAACGGAGCUGCUUCGACCUGCAGCAGCAGCAGCAGCAGCAGCAGCAGCAGCAGCGGCAGCAGCAGGAGCAGCAGCAGCAGCAGCAACGGGAGCGGCAGCAGCAGCAGGGGCGGCGGCAGCAGCAGCAGCAGCAGCAGCGGGAGCAGCAGCAGCAGGAGGGAUAG